UAUUCGGCCAGUUCCGUCAGGACUCGGCCGGUGUAGGAGCUGGAAGGAAACAGCAGAUCGACUGCUCAACACCCACAGCAGAACAGACAAAAGAGGUCUGAUCGCCUGCAGGACAAAGAAUCCCGUUUGUGAAUCAAGAUUUAAUCAUACAACUGAUUAAUCAGUACAGUGAUGAACAAAGACGACACUGUGAGCGGUCAGCCCACCACUGUGGUUUGCAGCUGCAUACAGACACACACAAUGAUGGUGCUGAUGAUGAUGAAGGAGUACUGUAGGACCCAGCUGUAAUAUUGCCUUUUCUUUCAUCUGCGUUCACAAAGCUGCCCUUCAAAGAUCCAGCCACCGCCUCCCUGGGCAUGUGUGACAGGAGGAAGAUGAGACAGAGGAGGAGGAGGAGGAGGAUGAAGAACUCACCAUCACAUUUGCCACAUUUUUUCAGGUUAAACAGCUCUCAGUUCCACAGCAGCACAAACUCCAGCCUCCAGCAUGAUGAAUCAACACGUCCCUGAAACAGUUCGAACACAAACUGAACACCAUCAUCUUCACGUAAGAGGAUUUACUGCGGACUGAAUAUUUAUUUAUCCAUUCAUUCAUUCAUUUAGCUAGGUGUACCUAAUAAACUGGCGUAAAGCGGCUCAGCGCUGCUACUAAAUUACGCUGUAAAAUAGCUGUAUUCUGUAGCCAAUCAGCAGCGUCCCUCUGCGCUGCUAACCAAUCAGAGCGCAGUGUGCGCUGAUUGUUGAAGCCAGCCAACGACAGUUCACCUGCUUGGUUUCUGGGAUCGGAGCGGGAGGAACAGCUGAGACCUGUCCAAGCUUUCUCUGUUUAUUAUUUUGGUACAAUACGAACUUAACGGAUGGAAAGUGACCAUGCGCCACCUGCCUCACGCUGACGUAGAAGUUAACGUCACUAACCCGGUGUUAACCGCUCCGCCGGUCCCGUCAUGGCUCAGAGAGACUCCGGUGCUCCUCCUUCCCGGCGAAACAUUAAGCUGGAAUCCUUCCUAAAGCGGAACACGGAGCGGGAUGUGUUUGAGCGGAUCCGAACCUACGAACCGUGCGUCGUGAUAGCGGAGCCCCUCAACAAGGUGUACAUGCACGUGGUGCUGACCGACGAGCAGGUGUACCUGACCGAGCACGCACCGCGCACACUCACCGCGGCUGUCAGCUUCAGGCGCGUGCGUGACAUCGAGCUGGUCAACGACCUCCCAGAUUUCCUCAGUGGGAAGGACAGGGAGCAUUGCCAGCACAUACGAAUCACCUAUGUCCCCGAGAAGCCUUCUGGGAAGGGACAUGAUUGGUUUAGUAGAGACAAGGAGGAGGGACUUCCUCUUCCAGCUGCAUCCUCUCACAGAUCCAGCUACUGUCCAUCAGUAACACACACCUCAGAAGGUUAUCCUGCACACAGACUCCGCUGGGAGGAUAUCCUUCCUGUAGCUCCUCAGACUGCAUUUAAAAACCUCCCCUGUGCAUCAGUCAGGAAACAGUUUGUGGCCUGUGAAGACAUGCGCAAACAGCACAAAGUGCAAAAGGGCUGGAUGAAGGUGACUGUCGAUCAAAGGGUGGUGAUUAAUAUAUCUGCUCUCAGCCAAUCACGAAUGCCUCCGUCACACUCAGACCAAAGCCUGACGAGCCUCGACGGAGGCCAGGUAUCAAGCGGGAUCAGUUUGUUUCGGUCUCACCUGCUGAGGAGACACGGUGUGAGCAGCAGAGAGGAGAGGGAGGCCGAGCUGCAUCUGUAUGCCGUGUCACAGAUGUCCAGACUUUUCCUACAUCUGCAGAGCUCGUGGAACAGUUUCAUGAUUAGGUCCACUUUGUUGUUAGACCCGCUCUACAGAAGCAGAUGCAGUUCUUCAUCCGACUCCUCCCCUGGGAAGCAGCGUCCUGCCAUCAGGUACCAGACUCCGCUGUGUAGACGUGUGAAGGGAAAAUGUCACACGGGCAUAACACUGACCAAUCGUAAUCCACUCGUCACCCUCAUCCAGUACAGGUGGCGCACCGUCACCAGUACCUCAGUACAGGUGGUGCGCCGUCACCAGUCCAGUGAGGUGUGUGUGUUCCUGGUUCAGACUCUAGAGGAGACUCUUCAAGGCUGUCGGAGCCACGGUGGAGUCUACACAGCGGAUCAGCUGCUACUGAGCACACUGAUCGUCCAGACGUUCGUCAUCAUGUUCAGGGAGAUGGAGAUCGAAGCCGCCAGAAUCAACCUGCUGUCGGCCAGAAAAGGUGCCCUGGCCUCCAGAAUGCUGCUCGCCUUGAUAUGUGAUCCACAGCUGAAACCUCACAGCCCACGACAUGUGACGGGCACCGAGGCCUUACUGUCUGAGUACCUGGACGCUGCCUGCUCGCUGCUCUUUGAGCUGCUGCUUUUAGGCCACGAGAGCAGCAGGUGUUCCUCUGCUGAGAACUUCCUGUCUUUUGGCUGGAUCCUCGGAGUCCUGCAGCCCCAUCCUCACCUGUUGUCCUUCAUUGAUUACCAGGCCCAGCAGACGGUGCUGGUUCUGUCGGACCCGGAGGAUUCAGUUCCGAGUCCCCUUCAGUCUGUUCUGCUGUUCCAGCGCUGUCGCCUCCUGCUGGCCUGUCUGCAGUACAACUUCCAUCUGGCUCAGCACCUUCGCUCACACUUCAGAGAGGAGUUCAGGUAUUCUGUGAAGCCAUCAUGUGCUGAGGAGAAGCUGCCAGCUUGCUACUUGAUCAGCCGGCCGACUGUACGGCUUGUCAAGCGUAUUCUGGCUCUCAUACUGCACAGGGAGGAUCCAGCAUUUGACACGGUAGGCUUCCUGCAGUGGUUUGAGGACAGCCUGUGCUAAUGCAACCAUUCAGUACAGAUGCUGCCACAGGAAACUCAGGAUCUUCCUCCAGGAGUCCUCCUGAGCAUCCGAAUGGGGCUUGGUUUGUCCUCCCCACAGCAAGGUCACUGCACACACAUUAUGUUGGAGAGCAGAUUAGUCCACUACACAGUGAAACUGUAACUUCUAAAUAUUAAAGCCUGGAAUGAUUGUAGGACUUUAGCAGAUAUGCAAAAUAAAGUGACACCAGGACUUAAUUG